AUGGGAGAUGAUCAUGAAAUCGCACACUCUGAUGGUGGUAUUACAUUCGGGGUCCCAACCUCCGACCGGCGACAGGUAUGUCGGCGGGUAAUUAGUAUUCUAUCUAUCUAUCUAUCUAUCUAUCUAUCUAUCUAUCUAUCUAUCUCAGUCUAUUCAGAUCUAUCUAUCUAUCUAUCUAUCUAUCUAUCUAUCUAUCUCAGUCUAUUCAGAUCUAUCUAUCUAUCUAUCUAUCUCAGUCUAUUCAGAUCUAUCUAUCUCAGUCUAUUCAGAUCUAUCUAUCUAUCUAUCUAUCUAUCUAUCUAUCUAUCUAUCUAUCUAUCUCAGUCUAUUCAAAUCUAUCUAUCUAUCUAUCUCAGUCUAUUCAGAUCUAUCUAUCUCAGUCUAUUCAGAUCUCAUCUAUCAAAUCUAUCUAUCUAUCUAUCUCAGUCUAUUCAAAUCUAUCUAUCUAUCUAUCUCAGUCUAUUCAGAUCUAUCUAUCUAUCUAUCUCAGUCUAUUCAGAUCUAUCUAUCUAUCUAUCUAUCUCAGCCUAUUCAAAUCUAUCUAUCUAUCUAUCUAUCUAUCUAUCUAUCUAUCUCAGUCUAUUCAGAUCUAUCUAUCUAUCUAUCUCAGUCUAUUCAGAUCUAUCUAUCUCAGUCUAUUCAGAUCUAUCUAUCUAUCUAUCUAUCUAUCUCAGUCUAUUCAAAUCUAUCUAUCUAUCUAUCUAUCUAUCUCAGUCUAUUCAGAUCUAUCUAUCUAUCUAUCUCAGUCUAUUCAGAUCUAUCUAUCUCAGUCUAUUCAGAUCUAUCUAUCUAUCUAUCUCAGUCUAUUCAGAUCUAUCUAUCUAUCUAUCUAUCUAUCUAUCCCAGCUAUCUCAGUCUAUUCAUAUCUAUGUAUCUUUCUAUUUUUCUCCUUUGUAUUAA